GCCAAGGCUGCAAGCACAACGAAAGUUUGCUCAGUCUCAGCCCAACAGUCCCAGCACAACUCCAAUAAAGAUAGUUGAGCCAUUAUUACCCCCUCCAGCAACACAGAUCUCUGACCUCUCCAAAAGGAAGCCUAAGACAGAAGAUUUCCUUACGUUUCUCUGCCUUCGAGGUUCUUCUGCCCUGCCCAGCAGCAUGGUAUACUUUGGAAGUUCUCAGGAUGAGGAGGAAGAGGAGGAAGAGGAUGAAGAAACUGAGGAUGCAAAAGUGACCACAAACAACGCUUCAUCUUCAUGCCAGUCUACUCCUAGGAAAGGGAAAACACAUAAACAAGUUCCUAAUGGACAUGUCUUCAAUGGAUCCAGCAAAUCAGUGAAAGAGAGGGAACCUGUUCAGAAACACAAAGUCAAAGACACAGUGCCAGCAAAGGAACGAAGCAGUGAACACAGGUCUGAGAGUCGAAAAGACCAGGCUGCUGCUAAUCACCAUUCUUCAACAAACAUGGGCUUUUCCACAAAAGGGCUCACUGCUAAUAACCACCACACCCUUCAUCAAUCGGCUCAGGAUUUAAGGAAACAGGUUUCAAAGGUCAAUGGUAUCACUCGAAUGUCAACUCUGAGUGCAAAUACAGCCAGUGCCAAAAAGAUGAGAGACGUCAGACCUUCACCGUCCAAAACUGUGAAGUACACUGCAACAGUGACUAAAGGAACUGUCACAUACACCAAAGCCAAGAAAGAACUGGUCAAGGAAACCAAACUAAAUCACCACAAACUCAGUACACCUGUCAACCACACAAUCUCAGGGAAAAUGGAAAGUAGCAAUGCAAAAACCCGUAAACAGGUGCUAUCCCUCGGAGCGGCCAAGCCUAACAACACAGCUAUUAACGGCGUCAAGGUCAAUGGCAAGUUGAACCAAAAGACAUGCACUAAGGAGGUAGGGAGGCAGUUGAGGGAAGGGCUGCGCAACUCAAAAAGGAGGCUGGAGGAAGCAAACCAUAUAGACAAAAUACAGUCACCUGUCAAGAAAGUGAAGGGAGCCACCAACGUGGCCGAAACCCCAAGCAAAAAAGCGCCAUCCGUGGAAAGACCUUUGCUGAAUGGCCAUGUGAAAAAGCCCGGGAGUCAGGAAGUGCCACAGAAUAGUCUGGAAAGGAAUAGGCCGAAAAGAGCUGCUGCUGCUGCUGGGAAGAACACGCCAGGGAAACAAGCACAUAGCAAAACAGAAAAUGCCUCCUGUGAACAUUAUUCUACCUCUCAAACAGAGUCCUUGCACAAGCCACAUGACUCAACAGGGAAGCACGAGAAAGGUAGCGUCAAGUCCGGGUGGGCCACGAUGGAAGAGAUUCCUAUUCUCAGGCCUUCCCCCAAGGAGUUCCAUGACCCAUUGAUAUACAUUGAGUCAGUCCGUGCUCAGGUUGAGAAGUAUGGGAUGUGCCGGGUAAUCCCUCCGCCUGACUGGAGGCCUGAGUGCAAGCUGAAUGAAGAGAUGCGGUUUGUGACCCAGAUCCAGCACAUUCACAAACUCAGCAGGCGCUGGGGGCCCAAUGUGCAGCGUCUGGCCUGUAUCAAGAAGCACCUCAAAUCUCAGGGCAUUACUAUGGAAGAGCUUCCACUCAUAGGUGAGUCUGGGCUUUUUGUUGCUCUUUGUAGCAAGCAACCAUUUUGAGCGCUGAUUUAUACU